AUGGACGCGAGGGUGGCUACUGGAACGACCGCCAUACCAGCCACAUACAAACUUUACAGAUUCGGGAGAAAAUGUGAGGUCGGCUCGGACAUGGAGGGCAAGGAGCCCAAGGACCUGACCUCGAGCAGGGCGAUGCUGUCCAGCGCGCACAUCAAGAUGAGGCUGUUGUCGCCCAGCGUGUCGCCCACGGCGUCCAGCCACUCGCCCUCGCCGCCGGCCGCGCAGGCGCCGGCCGCCUCCUACAAGGCCACGGGCAUCCCCUGCGUGGCGGCCGCCUCCCGGUACACGGCGCCCGUGCACAUCGACGUCGGCGGCACCAUCUACACCUCGAGCCUAGAGACGCUCACAAAGUACCCCGACUCGCGGCUGGCCAAACUCUUCAACGGCAGCAUCCCCAUCGUCCUGGACUCGCUCAAGCAGCACUACUUCAUCGACCGGGACGGCGGCAUGUUCAGGCACGUGCUCAACUUCAUGCGCAACGCGCGCCUCCUCAUCCCGGACACCUUCUCCGACCUGGACCUGCUGCUGGAGGAGGCCCGCUACUUCGACAUCGCGCCGAUGGUGCGACAGCUGGAGCAGAUGCAGCGGGACCGCAGCCAGAAGGUGGCCGUGCCCGCGCGCCUCGCCGGCGACCGGGGCCUGCCCGGCGCGCAGGGCGCCCUGGCCGCGCCGCACGCGCUGCCCAACGCCAACGCCGUGCACGGCCACCACGGCGAGGCCUACCAGUGCGUGGCGCUGCACGUCAGCCCCGACCUGGGCGAGCGGCUGAUGCUGUCCGGCGAGCGCGCCCUGCUCGACGAGGUGUUCCCCGAGACCAACCAGGCCGUGCUGGACACGCGGUCGGGCGCGUCGUGGAACCAGCACGACACCCGCCACGUGAUCCGCUUCCCGCUCAACGGCUACUGCAAGCUCAACUCGGUGCAGGCCAUCCAGCGCCUGCUCAACGCCGGCUUCAGCGUCGUGGCCUCCAACGGCGGCGGCGUCGAGGGCCAGCAGUUCUCCGAGUACCUGUUCGUGCGGCGCGUCAGCCCGCCCUCGUGAUGGCCGUCCCGCCCCCGGCAGCCGAGCAGGCCGCCGCCCCCCGUCCUGUUCCGGCCCCCGGCCGCCCCCGCGCCGCGGUCGCACGCCAGCGACCUCAACAACUUCCUGUACUGGCAGAGGCUGCUGGCCAGGGGCUUGGCGCCCAAGCAGACGACGCCGAGGGUCGUGACCGGCCGAGGCGGCCCGGGAGACGAGGACCGCGCCGAGGAGGUGGUGCGUGCCCCGCGGCCCGAGUGAACUCCCGCUGGCCUCGCGAGAGCAGGCAGCCGACGAAAGGCGGGAACCAGAAACUGAUGUGACGGUUUGGUUUUUUGAUUAGGUUUCUUCUUGUUUGCCUUUCUUAGCGGGUCGUAAAAAUUAAUGAAUGCAGAAAGGGGAGUGUUCUGUCCAUCGUCGUGUUGUGAGAAGGUUCGAGUAGUUUUUUUCUGUGAUGCCCUUUUAAAUUACAUUUUUAAGCCCUCCGGUUGUGAACCGCAUUUGGAAAUCGUCGACAAUACCUGGUUCAAGAAACCUCACAGGGAAUUCCUUGUGUCUGCGUUUUCUGCGGCACUAAUUUGUUUUAAUGCGCUCAAACCCUCCUUACUCUUAUUCGUAAUGCGCAUUCUCCGAGGGCAAUAUUAUCGUACUUAUGUAACUGUAUAUUCUGUGAUAUAUAUCGUAGUUAUGUUUUAAAUCGUUUAGUACCAAAACCGUAGUGUCCUUACUCUCAUCGUGUAAAGAGAAUCUUCAUAAACCUUCCUCUCGUAACAUGAGUGCACCAGACCUUGUCACCAGACACAAUAUGCUGCAAGUUCACUUCAAUUUUAAUUUAUUUAUAAUAAUAAUCUACAAAAUAGAUGUCUAACUCCGUAAUCAUUCGUUUCUCCAUAAGUUUGUAUCACCUUCCUUAGCUAGAUAAGCUGGUCAGUGUCACUGUGUGUACCAGCACCAGCUCGUCGUCUCUACGACAAUGGUUGUGCCAUAAUAAUAUACUCUAUAGAUUAUUCAUCUUACUCCUUCAAAAUCUGUCUAAAAACUUGACACCCCUUUUAGUCCCCACUGUCCUGAUUACUGUUAGUCCUUUUGACAAUCAAACCAUACCGCCAUACCGUGCUCCCUCUGCGUCUUUAUUUAUUCCGUAAUAUUUAUGCUGUAAGUUUCGUCACGUUCGUUUUGUCAUAUUUAACAAACGUUGGAAUUGAAUUAUAACUAAAGUCAACGAUAUUUUGUGUUAAAAUAAACUAAGAUCAAAAACAGA